UCCUAGGUCGUCAGUAGACCCUGCCCUCCGUAUAUCACUGUAUUGACGUGUUGUUAGCAAAUGGGAGCAGAAGGGCCGAUCCUUCGCCUGGAGAGGUCAUUCUGACUACAGGGCUGAUCCUUCGCCUGGAGAGGUCAUUCUGACUACAGGGCUGAUCCUUUGCCUGGAGAGGUCAUUCUGAUUACAGUUGCCACUUCUUGCCAAAAUCUUCAGGGUUUAAAGACUCGAUCACUGCGACCACAUUUAUACACAUCAUUCUGUUUUCUCCAAUCGAGACACGGAUCCCGAUGUUCAAUCAGGAUUCCGGAAUACUUCCACAUCUAACAUUGAAAGGAGAUACUUCGUGAACUGUUUGAUAUUUCGGUCUGAUCUGACUACAGAAGCAUGGUUGAUGACACCAGUUUAGCAACUAAAUCUGCUUUGCAAGCAGCUUUCUCCUCGACCUGCAACCUCCCCCUGCUCGUCUCCUCUGCCUCGACACACAGCCACUUCCCCGGUUCACACUCACAGUCCGACCAGCCCAACGGCGGAGGCAUGAAGCUAGAGGCGGUCAUGGAAAGCCUCCAAAGACAGCAGGCUGCCCGCCUGGCGCUAGAAGAGAAGCUCCGUCAGGCGGAGAAAGAGAAAGACCUCCGCUCCAUGGUCGAGUCCCAGAUCCAUCAACAAGCCCUCGCCUUCCGCCACUACCAGGCAGCGGUCCGUGGCGCUUUCGCUGCGGGAAUAGCGAACUCUUCUCUCGGGUUGGCGAGCUCCGCUGAACGGGAACUGGCUCUCCCUCACAGUCUUGACGCUCGCAGGCAUUCGGCCAAAGCCGACUCCGAUAUGGACGAUGAUCCAGAGGGCAUGGACCGAGGUAUAAAUGAUGACAACAGGGAUAUGGAUGGAGAUGGCAUGGACAACGAGGGAAUCGUGGACGAUGAGGAGGACAUGGAGGGGGCUCUCAGCCACUACCAUCCCCGCCACCCCAUGCACCCCGGGGCGGGAGACUCGCCAAAGGACACACUUGUACAUCUCAAGUCCAGAGCCCCUCCGUCUUUCGCUGCGCCCCGGCAGUCAGAGACCCCGGGCGGGAUGGCACCACAGUCUCAGCAACACGAAUGGACUUACGACGAGCAAUUCAAACAGUCAGGACAAAGCAGUUCGCCAGAGAGGAAGCUGGGAAAUUCAAGUGUCGGUAUCGGUGGCGUCUCCUCGUCGCUGAUUCAGGAGUUGUACGAGUUGGACGAUGAGGUCAAGAGGAAAGAGUUUCUUGAUGACCUCUUCAGUUUUAUGCAGAAGAGAGGGACUCCAGUGAAUCGUAUUCCUAUCAUGGCCAAGCAGGUGUUGGAUCUGUACACGCUCUACAAGCUGGUCACAGAAAAAGGCGGCUUAGUGGAGGUCAUCAAUAAGAAAAUAUGGCGUGAGAUCACCAAAGGCCUCAACCUCCCUACCUCCAUCACCAGUGCAGCGUUCACCCUGCGAACACAGUAUAUGAAGUACCUCUACCCUUACGAAUGUGAAAAGAGGGGUCUGAGCUCCCCCGGAGAGCUCCAGGUAGCUAUCGACAGCAACCGCCGUGAGGGACGUCGUCAGAGCUACGGGUCGUCCAUCUUUAACUACUCUCCAGUAGGGACUCCCUCCACCCUCUCCUCCCCCAAGAUGAGCAUGUCUCACCUGGCCAUGUCCACCUACAACGGAGUACACCUGACCCAGGGACACAACAUCAAGAAAGAGGAUGGCCUGAUGUCGGGAGGUCUGCCGGGCCGUGUUGGGGAGAUGUCUUUGGGAGGGCACCACGGGGCGGCUGCAGCGUUGGAGCCGCCGGAGAGCGGGGAGCCGCCGGAGAGCGGGGAGCCGCCGGAGAAGAAGAGGAUGUCGAUGGAUCAACAGAGGCUCAUGCAGCAUGCGCUGCAGCAGAACCUCCUCGCCAUGGCAACGCAGCUGCCCAUCAAGUUAAACAACGGAGAUGAGAGGAUGAGAGAUGACAGACAAGAGACUCCAUUGAACCUGUCUACCAGCGGCAUUAGCAGCAUCAACGUGUCAAUAGAAAUAGAUGGAGUUGUCUACACAGGUGUUCUGUUUGCCAAGAAGCCCUCCCUUCCCAUGAUGCUGGGUGGUCACCAGAUCCAGAACCACACCUCCUCUCUGGGAAAGAUCAGUCUGGGGCUGAACUCCUCCUGCGUACAGAUCCAUCCGUCCUGCUGCUCCUCCUCCUCCUCCACGUCCUCCACAUCCUCGGUCCACAGACCCGGAAACCUCUCCCCCUGAUCUGAGUCCCACCCACAGCCCCACCAACUCACUCUAAACCCCGCCCCUAUCCUCCCCCAAAGACAGCACACGGUCUGAGAUACCAGGAUGAAAGACUUCUGUUGUUUUUCCCCCCUCCUCCUCCCUUUUUCUCGAUUUCCCUUAUCCCAGUUAAAAUAAUAAUAAACACAUAUUUACAGAGGAAAUACUUCCGUAGGAAAAGAACAAGAAAAGGCUCUCCUUCUAUUCUCUCUCCUCCGAACUCUGAAUAGCAAUGGUAUGCUGAGGACCUCUGAACCCAAUGGUAUGUAGAGAACCUCUGAACCCAAUGGUAUGCUGAGGACCUCUGAACCCAAUGGUAUGUAGAGAACCUCUGAACCCAAUGGUAUGUAGAGGACCUCUGAACCCAAUGGUAUGCUGAGGACCUCUGAUCUCAAUGGUAUGCUGAGGACCUCCGAUCCCAAUGGUAUGCUGAGGACCUCUGAACCCAAUGGUAUGUAGAUGACCUCUGAUCCCAAUGGUAUGCAGAGGACCUCUGAACCCAAUGGUAUGCAGAGGACCUAUGAACCUAAUGGUAUGUAGAGGACCUCUGAACCCAAUGGUAUGUAGAGGACCUCUGAACCCAAUGGUAUGUAGAGGACCUAUGAACCUAAUGGUAUGUAGAGGACCUAUGAACCUAAUGGUAUGUAGA